AUGAGGAUUCCGAAGAGCCGAGCUCUACGCCCGACAUCCAGCAUCACAACCAUCCUCACACCCCGCCACGCUCACCCACGACUGCCUCUGACUGCCUCGAUCUCGAUCGCAUUGCGCAUGGCGUCCACCACAGCCUCAGGCGAUGGCCAUGCCGAUCAAUCUGCCGCUGGCGUCUCCAUCGCCGACCUGCCCAAGACGUGGCAUUUCACGAGCUCCCUCCCCGCCGACUCGCAAUACCCGACACCAGCCGACUCGCACGAGACGCCACGGAACCAAAUAAGGCCACGACAAGUCCGCAAUGCCAUCUUCUCCUAUGUCCGACCAGAGCCCGCCGAAAAUCCCGAGCUGCUCGCCGUGAGCCCGGCGGCUAUGCGCGACAUUGGUAUCAAGGAGGGGGACGAGACGACAGACGAGUUUCGCCAGACCGUCGCUGGUAACAGGCUACACGGCUGGGACCAAGAGAAGCUCGAGGGAGGCUAUCCAUGGGCGCAAUGCUACGGCGGUUAUCAGUUUGGCCAGUGGGCUGGCCAGCUCGGCGACGGUCGCGCCAUCUCUCUCUUCGAGACCAAGAACCCCGCCACCGGCGUCCAGUACGAGCUCCAGCUCAAAGGGGCCGGCCUGACGCCCUACUCGCGCUUCGCCGACGGCAAGGCGGUCCUCCGCUCCAGCAUCCGCGAGUUCAUCGUCUCCGAGGCCCUCCACGCCCUACGAAUCCCCACCACGCGCGCCCUCUCCCUGACCCUCCUCCCGAACUCCAAGGUCCGCCGCGAGACUGUUGAGCCGGGGGCCAUUGUUCUCCGUUUCGCCCAGUCGUGGCUGCGUUUCGGCAACUUUGACAUUCUUCGUGCUCGUUCCGAGCGACCCCUCCUCCGAACCCUCGCCACCUACGUCGCCACCGACGUCCUCGGCGGCUGGGAGGCGCUGCCGGCGCGCCUCGCCAACCCAGACGACCCCAAGGCCUCCCCCGCGGACCCAGGCCGCGGCGUGCCCGCGACGGCCAUCCAGGGCCCCGACGACGCGGCCGAGAACCGCUUCACGCGGCUGUACCGCGAGAUCACGCGGCGCAACGCCCUCACCGUCGCCAAGUGGCAGGCCUACGGGUUCAUGAACGGCGUCCUCAACACGGACAACACGUCGAUCCUCGGCCUCAGCCUCGACUUUGGGCCCUUUGCCUUCCUCGACGACUUUGACCCGCAGUACACGCCCAACCACGACGACCACGCCCUGCGCUACAGCUACCGCAACCAGCCGACCAUCAUCUGGUGGAACCUCGUGCGCCUCGGCGAGGCCCUCGGCGAGCUCCUCGGCGCCGGCCCCGCCGUCGACGACGCGACCUUUGCCGAGCACGGCGUCGCCGAGGCCGACGCCGACGCCCUCGUCGCCCGCGCCGAGAAGAUCAUCAGCUCAGACCCUUACAAUGUUUCCUCUCUGACUCGACCCUAUCGCGUCCUCGUCCUGGAGGAUUGGGCCCGCGACCCGGGCGACGGCGCCGCCGCGCGGCGGCGCUCCAUGAAGGCCGUCAACCCCAACUUUGUGCCGCGCAACUGGGUGCUCGACGAGGUCAUCCGGCGCGUCGAGAAGGGCGGCGAGCGCGACGUGCUGCGGCGCGCCAUGCACAUGGCGCUGCACCCGUUUGAGGACGCCUGGCACGGCGAGACGGUCGACGGCAGGGUCCACGAGGGCGACGCCGAGGAGGAGGCGCGGUGGGUUGGCGAUGUGCCCAAGCUGGAGAGGGCCAUGCAGUGCAGCUGCAGCUCGUAG